GUUUGGAUGAACCACUAGUGCUAUACUCUUGUCAUAAUCAAAAAUACUAUCCUUCUAGUGCUGAAAAAAGGGCACGAGCUCAUAUAGAUUAUGAUUAUGUAUUAGAAACAGAUGUUUGUUAUAAGUAUAAAAGUUAUAUAGAUAUGAACAGUGGAAUGUAUUACACUCAUUGUGAUGCAAACAUUAUAAGAAGGGAAAAUGAAAGACGAACAAAAAAGAAUAGAGACGAGUUUUAA